AUGACGGGUCCCCGCCUUGAGCCGUCUUACGCGCCCGCCGGAGAAUCGACGGCUGAUUUAUGGGUGGAGCGGUCCAAUCUUAAUGGCAUGGCGCUUUCCUUAGUUGCUUACGGGAUUCUCUUCACUAUGGCUAUCCAAUGUUAUUCCGGUCUUUUAUCUAUGCGUGCACGGCGGGGAACGACGCAAUGGUGGUUAUGGAUAUACGUCACCACUGUUUUGGUGCUAGCGACUGUGGGGGUUGGAGGGAACCAGAAAUUCAUUCAAAUGACAUUCAUCGAUUACCGGAACUACCCUGGCGGUCCCAACGCUUUUACUGUCGACUUUUACGCAACACCUGUAAAUUUAAUGGGUUUCAUUUGUUAUACCUCUUUGGGCUGGUUUGCCGAUGGCCUUGUCCUAUAUCGAUUUUUCGUCAUAUAUAACCGCAGUAUCUGGGUUGCCAUCAUUCCCGCUAUCCUUUUCUUGGCCGGAAUAGGUACCUCUGUCGGUCUCCUUGUUUCCCUCUCCAAAGCCGAGGAGAGCUUUUGGGCGCAUACGACCGUCCGCUUUGGUAUUGCAUACUGGGCGAUAUCUGCGUCUCUCAACAUCAUUUUUACCUGCCUGAUCAUCAUCCGACUUCUCAUAAUACGCAGACAAGUUAAAGCUAUCAUAGGUUCCAGCCAUGGAACACACUACACUUCUAUCGUCGCGAUCCUGGUCGAGUCUGCUUCGCUGUAUUCUGCGUGGGCGCUGGCGUUUCUGAUCACUUACGCUCGUGACAGUUGGGUUCAGAACAUAUUACUUCCUCCUCUGGGUCAGAUACAGGGUAUUGCGCCUUUGCUUAUCAUCAUGAGGGUUGUCAGUGGAAGGGCUUGGAGUAAAAGCACAGACCUCAAUACAUCAUCAAUGCAGUUUAGACCAGCAUCUUACCAAAGGAGUGGGCCCAGUAAUGUCGUUCCAUUGAACCAUCUGUCGUCCUGCUCCCGGUGGACGGCUGAGACGAGUGCCAUCCCUACGAUUUCCAAUGAAUCUGACAUAUAUAAAGCCGUUCCUGCCGCAAACCAGGACAUAGAGGCCAAUACCAGAUAG